UCCUCUUCAUUGCCAUCAAUAUCAUUUAUCUCCCCUGUUUUUUUCCUUCUUUACAAAAUACUUCUAUAAAUAAAUACUUGAUUUCUCUCUCUUAUUUCUGCAGAUCUCACUCUUUCUUUCUCCACUUUUCGUUAUUCCUAUCCAUCCUUCUGAGAUCGGAUUUUUCUACUGCUGCUGAUUUCACCUCCAUCGCUUUUCAGAUCCAACUGACUUGGUGAUGGCGGCCGAAGUGAGGGGUAGAGUAAAAGCUGUUCCUUCAGGGGACACCUUGGUGAUCAUGAGGAUCAUCCAAGGAGAUGCCGUUCCACAGGAAAAGAUGGUCACUUUAUCUUAUAUCAUGGCUCCUAAGCUGGCUCGUAGAGAUACUUAUGAUGAACCCUUUGCAUGGGAGAGCAGAGAAUACUUGAGGAAACUCUGCGUUGGACAGGUAGUAUCUUUUAAAAGAAAAAAGGAGGAUAUUCCCUCCUUAAUGACAGGGACCGGGGCAAGAGAGUUUGGUUCUGUAUUACUUGAUGGAAAAGAUUUAGCAAAGAUGGUGGUUUCAAAUGGUUGGGCAAAGGUAAAAGAAUUGAAAGGUGAUGUAAGUCCAGAGUAUCAAGAGUUGUUGCAACUUGAGGAACAAGCCAAGCAGCAAGGCUUAGGCAAAUGGAGUAAGACACCAGGUGCAUCAGAGGCUGCCAUCAGAAAUUUGCCGCCUUCUGCCAUUGGUGCAUCGAAUAACUUUGAUACUGAGACAUUUUUAUCUGAAAACAAAGGAAGGUCUUUGCAUGCAAUUGUGGAGCAGGUUCGUGAUGGAAGUACAGUGCGAGUCUACUUGCUUCCUAAGUUUCAAUAUCUACAGGUUUUUCUGACUGGGAUCCAGUCUCCUUCAAUGGGAAGGAGACCAGCGCCGGAUAGAGCACUUGAAGCUGAAAUUAAUACAAAUCAAUCGAAUGGAAAAACUGUUGCUGAAACUCAUGCCCCCUUGACCUCAGCUGCAGUAGUUGCAGCAGCAUCAGGUGUGGAGACAGCUCCAGAUCCCUUUGGAAGGGAAGCAAAGCACUUCACAGAGACACGCACUUUGCAUAGAGAUGUACGCAUUGUCCCUGAAGCCCGUGACAGUUUUGGAAAUUUGGUUGGUUCACUCUAUUAUGAUGCUGAUGGUAUAGCCAAGAAUCUUGCCAUGGAAUUGGUGAAAAAUGGCUUGGCCAAGUAUCUUGACUGGAGUGCAAAAUAUUUGGAAGACAAGGAUCGAAUGGAAUUGAAAGCAGCGGAGCUUGAGGCGAAGAAGCAGAGAUUGAGGAUGUGGACAAACUAUGUGCCUCCUGUUACAAAUUCAAAAGCAAUUCAUGACCAGAAUUUUACUGGAAAGGUGGUUGAGGUUGUUAGUGGAGACUGUAUUAUUGUUGCUGAUGAUGCUGUGCCAUUGGGUAAUCCAUUAGCAGAGAGAAGAGUCAAUCUCUCUAGCAUAAAAGCUAAUAAACUGGGUAAUCCACGGAGGAAUGAUGUAGUAGAGCCAUAUGCACGUGAGGCAAAAGAGUUCCUUCGCCAAAAGCUCAUUGGUCGUCAGGUGAAUGUUUCCAUGGAAUACUCGAGAAAAGUCAGCAUUGGAGGUGGUAUCGAAAAUGUAGGUGCCUCAACGGAUUUCAGGGUCAUGGACUUUGGAUCAGUGUUCCUUCCCCCUCAAUCCAAGGGUCAAGGGGCUGAUGUUACAUCUGUUCAAUCUACGGCUGGUGGUCAGCCAGCUGGAUAUAAUGUUGCUGAAAUGUUGCUUAGCCGUGGACUUGCUAAAGUAGUACAGCACAGAGAUUUUGAAGAAAGAUCAAAUUACUAUGAUGCUCUUUUGGCUGCUGAGUCCAAACCAAAAGCAAGCAGGAAAGGGGUACAUGCUGAUAGUAGUGCUAAUACACCCGCAUACCACAUUCAAGACCUCACCAAUGCCCCAGCAAAGAAAGCCAAGGACUUCUUGCACUUUUUUCAACGAAGCAGGAGGCUUCCAGCCAUUGUUGAAUAUGUACUCAGUGGCCAUCGGUUCAAGCUUCUCAUUCCCAAGGAAACUUGCAGUAUAGCAUUUGCUUUCUCAGGGGUGAGGUGUCCUGGACGAGGUGAACCUUAUUCGGAAGAGGCAAUUGCAUUCAUGAGAAGAAAAAUAAUGCAAAGAGAAGUUGAGAUUGAAGUGGAAACUGUGGAUAGAACGGGCACUUUUUUGGGGUCUCUUUGGGAAUCUAAGACAAAUAUGGCUGCUGUGUUACUGGAGGCUGGGCUUGCUAAGUUUCAGGCUUCUUUUGGUAUGGAUCGAAUAGCAGAUGCGCAUCUACUUGCUCAGGCUGAAGAGUCUGCCAAACGCCAGAAGUUGAAGAUAUGGGAAAAAUAUGUGGAAGGACAGGAAGUUUCAAAUGGGUCAUCAGUCCCUGAAAACCAACAGAAGGAAGUCCUGAAGGUAGUGGUUACCGAAGUCCUCGGUGGAGGUAAGUUCUAUGUUCAAACAGUUGGUGACCAGAUGGUAGCUUCUAUUCAGCAGCAACUUGCUUCCUUGGACAUUGUGGAAGCUCCUGUGAUUGGCAGCUUUAACCCCAAGAAGGGUGAUCUAGUUCUUGCUCAAUUUAGUGCGGAUAAUUCAUGGAACCGUGCUACGAUAGUGAAUGUGCCCCGUGGUGGCCUUGUUCAAUCCCCAAAGGACACAUUUGAAGUUUUCUAUAUUGAUUAUGGUAAUCAAGAAGUACUCCCCUACAGUCAUCUACGCCCGAUACCUUCUUCAGUUCAUUCUGUACCUGGAUUAGCCCAACUCUGCAGUCUUGCAUUCAUCAAGGUUCCAAGCUUGGAGGAGGACUAUGGACAUGAAGCUGCUGAGUAUCUGAGUGAGUUAACUCUUAACAGUUCCAGGGAAUUUAGGGCCAUGAUUGAGGAAAAGGAUACAUCAGGUGGAAAAUCAAAAGGUCAAGGAAGUGGCACAGUGCUUUUAGUGACCUUGGUUGAUGUGGAAGCCAGUUCAAGCAUCAAUGCUGCAAUGUUGAAGGCUGGACUUGCUAGAUUAGAAAAACAAAAAAAAUGGGACACCAAGGAAAGGAAGUCCGCCAUUGAUAACCUGGAAGAAUUCCAGCAGGAGGCGAAGAAGAGCCGAAGUGGGAUGUGGGAGUAUGGAGAUAUACAGUCUGACGACGAUGAAUCUGCUCCUCCUGCAAGGAAACCUGCCGGUAAGCGUUGAGCACUAACAAUGACUAGCAACGGCAGUAUGUGAUACUUAUAGUUUAGCUGUAGGCCGGGACUGCACCUUUCAACUCCAAGAGAUCGAUAAGAGGAAAAGGAGAUGUCUUUAAAGUUAUACUAAUCAGUUAAUCUUAUAGCAAGUUGACAAUUUUGUUAUUUAUUUCUAUUUUAAAUCUCAAAUUUUGUAAACUUACGGGAAAAUUAGUGAACACUGAUACUUGAAUAAAACUGUUACGCUUAUAGUGCGCCCGCCUCUGACAGGUGACGCUAACAAUUUUGGCUGUAGAAAUGGUUAAUUUUGUACCAAUCUUUUAUAGUAAUUAUAACAUAUCUUGUUUCACUUCUUUA